AUAUCUCGUAUGUCGGACGUACACUCCCACUUGCAAUGCAGCUCUUUUCGAUAAAUGGCACGAGCAGGACUCGCACCCGAAGAGGAGCAAAAGCGGUGGAUGGAAAGCUUCCAGCUAGCUCGUGCGGCCUACCUUCUUGCUGAGCCAAGUAGAUGACCCGUCGCUGUCAGCUUCCCUUCUAGAACGAAACAUGCCCAUUCAGGGUCUUGGCGGCGCAGCAAUCCCGGGCUUUGAUGCGAGAAGAGAGGCGUCAGCAUUACCUUGAGGAGUAUCAAGGAGGGUUGAGGGUCCUACUUGAUGUUGAUGAAUGCUGUGAAGGCUUCGUUGAUCUCCGCCAGGUUUCAUUCGGCGAUUGUCCCUUUGACCGUUGCUUCCUCGUCCUUCGCCCCAUGCGAUUUGGAUCCUUCCUCGCCUGCGUGACCUAUGUAUUGCUUACGCGAAGUGAACCUACAGAUGAUGUUUCUCGCUCCUCCCUUUGUACCACAUGCAAGACCUGUUUCCGCUUCCACGCCACAGCGGUACCGCCUUGGAGAAGCCACCUGCAUACUUGGGGUAAAGGGUCCGACAUCUCGAACCCUGUUUGGCCGCUGCGAGUGAUCAGACGAGGCUUGAAGCUAAGAGGGUUCAGGGAAUACCGAGGGCACCCUAGUGCACUGGCCCAGUCGUCGGGCAUGUCGCAGCACGUUGAGACGGGGUAAAAUGUUCGGACCUUUGUUCACAGAAGCUGCAUGAGGGGAAAGGGGAAGGCGGGGAACGAGGGGUGAUACAAGGUUCCCUGCAGUGGCACGGCGACCCCUGGCCCAGUGGUGCAGAAGGACCCUUGCCUAUCCU